GAAAACUGGCAAAAGAUCUUGAAUAAAUGCAGCUUGGAUCUAAUUGCACUUACCAUUGAGGGGAUAGAAGAAGAUCUGACUGAAUUGAAGCAAGAAAUUAGUACUACCAAAAAUAGGAUAUUGAGUACUGAGAAUCCCAAAUCCUUCAUUAAACAUUCUGAGGAAAUUGAUAGUAUCUUGUCUAAACACAAGACAGAUACCCUCAAUAGGAAAUUAUCCAAAUUUAAACAUGAUACGAUAGAUUAUCUUGAUAAUAAAGUUUAUAACUGGCAAUUUCAUCGUCAGCGACCUAACGUACCCCAGGGCGUACACUUGUUUGGUAGGAAUUCUCCUGCCAAUAGUGAUAGUGAGCAAUCCUCAGUUGGAUCAGCCAACAAUAUCAAUUUUUUAAAACCGCGACGCCCCGGAGGAGGAGGCACAAGACAAGGAGAGGCAAGAGACGCCGCAGCAAACCAUCCCCCUCGGAGAUAUCCGGAGAGAGAGAGGAGACCAUGGAGACGUUAGUGGUGAACAUCUCCAAGAUGGUGUUAUCAGUAAGUGAGAUCUUGGUGCUUAACAAGGGUCUGGGUUUUGUCCCGUUUGUCCCGUCAUUUGAGGGUGACAAAUUGAACUUGGAUAUCAAAUUGUAUGAAUUUUUCCGUUCCUUACGUUUAAAAGUUGUUGCUUUUUUUUUUGCAGGAGACAACUCACCCAUGGAUGCUCAAAAGGAAGAAGUUGAUAUUGAGGUCAACUCUGUGGACUUAUCUAAAUGUAAAAAUAAAAGUAAGUUUACUCCACCAGCUACCAAUUCCACAGUUGAAACCUUUAUCAAGUUAUGCCAAUUGGAGAUUUCUAAAAUCAACUGGUCCAGGAGGGGUUCCUCCAAUUUGACACCAGAUGAGUGGAGGGCCGUCGAUGCCCUGAGGAGCGAUGACUCCAUUAUUGUCUGGGCUGCGGACAAGGGUGGGGCCAUUGUCGUUAUGGACAUUGAUAAAUACAAUGCUGAAGCCAUGGCACAGUUGUCCAACCGGGUUCAUUAUGAGAAACUAUUAAGGGACCCAACGAAGGAGUUCCAAGAAAAGAUUGGGGUUAUUACCCUUGAGGCUUUAAGUUAGGGUCUAAUCAAAAACAAAAUAUUUGAUUUUCUUAAUACAUCUACACCUCGGGUACCUUUUCUGUACCUGCUUCCUAAAAUCCAUAAGGACCUGUUGAAACCUCCUGGCAGGCCCAUUGUGUCGGGUUGUGGUUUACUGCUCCAGACGUUGGCCCAAUAUGUUGACGCUUAUCUUCUAGUGCUGGUGGUACAGAUGAGGUCAUUUAUACGGAACAACAGUGAUUUUUUGGAUAAAUUGGAUGAUUUGGGAUCAUCCUGUAGAGAUACACUUCUGUGUACGAUGGAUGUAUGCAGUCUAUAUACAUCCAUCCCUUAUGGGUGAGGUAUGGAGGCUGCAGCACAGGCCUUGGGCAGACUUGAGUUGGAUUCUAAAUUGAGUGAAUUUGUUUUACAAUUAUUGGUUUUGUCAUGCAAUUAUUUCACCUUUGGAAAUGACUUUUUUCUACAGAUACAGGGAACGGCGAUGGGGGCCAAUAUGGCUCCAUCGUAUGCCAAUCUAUAUAUGGCCAAGUUUGAGGAAGAUUUCGUCUACCCACAUCCUUUAUUCAGAUUUGUAGCUUUUUGGUUUCGUUACAUUGAUGUGUUCUUUCUCUGGAAUUGCUCAGUGGCACAUCUCCUAUCAUUCAAAACGGACUUGGAUCAAUAUGUACCAAGUAUUAAAUUUACCUUGGAACAUGAUGCCAAUAGUAUACAUUUUUUGGAUGUUCAGGUAAGUAAAGUGGAUGAUAGUCUGUUUUGAUCUUUUUCGAAAACCAACUGAUAAAGUUGCAGGCAAACUCAUUCCAUCCGGCCAACAUGAUCCAAAGUCUUCCUUUUAGCCAAUUACUACGUGUUCGACGGAUUGUAUCUCAGGAAGCAGACUUUGAUACUCAGACAAGGAAGAUGUUAGAAGAUUUUCGCUCCCGUGGUUAUUAUGAAACCUCCUUGCAGGAAGCACUGGGUAAAGUGAAAGAUCUGGAGAGGACUUUAUUACUGAAGACCGAGGGUAAGAACAAGAGAAAUAUGCCCAAUCGUAUUCCAUGUGUCACUACAUAUUCUACCAAGUCGGGUUUUGUUAAACAUGUCAUUAAUAAGAAUUGGCAUGUCUUACAGAGUGAUCCUGAGAUUGAUGAUCUUUUUAAAGAGAGACCAUUAAUGGCCUAUAAGAGAUCUAGGAAUAUCAAAAGCUUGGUAUCACCUUCUAAAUCUAGAACAUCCUCCAAACCAUCUACUACUUGGUUGACACCCAUUAAGGGUAUGCACCGAUGUGGACAUUGUGCCAAUUGCAAUAAUGUGACCACGGGUGUUGAGUUUACACACCCUAGAACAGGAAAAGGAUUUGCUAUCAAGGACUUCUUUAAUUGUCAAAUGGAUCGUGUAAUUUAUUUUAUCAAAUGUCCCUGUGGUCUUGGCUACGUUGGCCAAGCAUCUAGACCUUUAACCGUAUGCAUUGGCGAACAUAAAAGUACCAUUUGCACCAAGAAACUACAUAUUUCUUUUGCCAAACAUUUUAUUGAUUCAGGCAACUCUGUGGCACAAUUACGUUUUCAGGCUAUUGAACGUAUUAAGACACCUUAUUCUGGCUGUUUCCUUGCAGAUUCACUUAAGCAUGCUGAAUUACGGUGGAUCUAUCGAUUGGAUACAUUAUUCCCUCACGGGUUAAAUGAAGAGUGUGAUUUCAAUUCCUUCAGGUAAACUGGUUACAUGCUAUUGGUAAAUUUGCCACAUAAUACGAUAAUGUUUAUUGUUCGCUAUUUUUUAUAAGGACCACAUUCAGGUGGUUCCCUUUAUUUUUAUUACCUCUGCCUGUGAUUUGUUGGAUAUUUUGAUAAUUGAUAUUGAUUUUAUUCUUCUGUUUUUAGUCUUGGUAUUCCUUUUGGGUUUCUUACUUCUGGGUGGCCCUCUGAUGAUUGGUCUCCUUCCAAGAAGAUCCAUCGGAUCUUGGCUUCGUUUUUGGACCCUCAUGAUGGAAGAAGAAUGUUGAUAGAAUUGUUAUGUAUAUUUUAG